AUGCUACGUAACUCAUCUAGUGAUGAAGAUGAUGGACAAGCACCAACCAUUUCAUCGAAUACCUCAGGCCGUUCGCCACCCUCUCCUAUUGUCCAACAAAAGAAUCAACCUGUUAUAUCUGGAAAUCAUAUCGCAAAACAUGGUGGUCUAGUACCACCACAUACCGGUGAUUAUGGUCCACUUUCACCGAGUACAUUACCUCGAACUCCUAACAACGUAUCAACGUCAUAUACACAACCGUUAACUAGAGAUGGUUCAAAUACGUUUGCUACUCAACGGACAUCUCCAAAUCUAAAUUCAAGUGGACAAGAAUCACCAUCAUUAGCAAACAAACUUCAUUCAUCACAAUUAACUCAAUCUUUACAACAGCCACAAACUGAUGAUGGUUCUAGGACGUCUGCAUACGAUGCAACAAGUUUAAAAAGUAAUGAUUCGAGUUUAUCGGAUCAACAACAACCACAUCCCUCAUCAAUAUCGAAUACAAGACAUCCGAGCACUGAUUCAACAAUGAAAUAUCGUAUACAACAACAACAGCUUCAACCAUCACCAUUAACAAAUCAUAUACCUAAUACAGCAAGUAGUUCAACAACAACAUCUAGUGGAAUACCAUUAGAUCGAAUACCGAGUCCAUCACCAUCGUUAAUUAGUGAACGAGAAAGAGAAGAAAAUGAAAAAUUAGAAAGAGAAUUAGAACAAAAACGAAAACGAAUACAAAUUUAUGUAUUUGUAUGUCGAUGUAUAUCAUGUCCAUUUAAUUCAAAACAAUCAUCGGAUAUGGCUAGAAAACAUUUGAAAAUAACACAACAACAAUAUACACUUAUUAAAGAUAGAUUUCAUGCAUUUCUCAAUGGUAAAACGCAUAUUGAAGCAGAUGAGGCGUUUAGUAAUGCUGUUCGUUCUUAUUAUGAAAUAUUUUUAAAAAGUGAACGUAUAGUAAAAAUGGUACAAUCCGGUGGUUGUUGUUCAGAUGAUUUUCGUGAUGUAUUUAAGAUAAAUAUUGAAAAACGUGUUCGAAGUUUACCUGAUAUUGAUUCAUUAAAAAUUAGUAAAGAUACCGUAGUAACAUUAUGGAUGAAUAAAUAUGAUGCAAUUUAUCGUGGACAAGAUCAAGAUCAAGAUAAUUUAAAUAGACGUGCAUCAAAAAUAAAUUAUAGUUCAGGUUCGGCUGAAUUAAUAAUGAGUAAAGAACAAUUAUAUGAUAUGUUUCAAAAUAUAUUGACUAUUAAAAAAUUUGAACAUCAAAUGAUAUAUAAUAGUGCACAACUUGAUAACAAUGAUGAACAAGCGGCCACUAUUCGUCGAGAAUUAGAUGGUCGUAUGAAACAAGCCGAAUCUUUACAAAGGCAACGUGGUUUACUUCCACGCUUUGUUCACAAAGAAAUGGAUAGUUUAUUUGUCGAUGAAUUAAAAAAAACAAUAAAUGAUUUAAUGAGUAAUUUAGAAAGUUUACCUGUACGUGGUGGUGCAGAACAAAAACCGUUAAGACCAAAACGAGGUACACAUGGUCGAAAUGGAAGUGGUGGUGGGGGUAGUAAUUCAAGUGGUGCACAUUCGUCUUCCAAUAAAUCAUUAUUAGUUGACGGUGGUGAUUCUGAAGCUGAACCGGGUCUAUCAAAAUUAGCGUUUGUAUUAAAUUUUAAUAUUAAUAUAACUGUUAAAGAAGUAAAAGGAUUAAAAUCUGUGCCAACAAAUCGGGUUGUCUAUUGUACAAUGACAGUCGAAGGUGGUGAAACAUAUCGAACAGAACAUGCCGAAGCGGGUAAACCCGUAUGGGAAUCAUUAGCUGAAUUUCCUACAAAUCAAAUAUUACCAAUUGUUAAAGUUAAAUUAUAUAUGGAAAAUUAUAGCAUAUUACAUCUUGAAGAUAUUAAAUUAGGAAAAGUAACAUUACAAAUCGAUCCAACAUUUAAUAAAACAAAUUGGUGGACAGAUAUGAUUAAAAGUAAAAGUACAGCAACUGAUGAUUUAAAAGUAAAAUUAGAUGUUCGAAUGGAAAAACCACAAAAUUUAAAAAUGUGUGGUUGGUGCUAUGCUCGUGGUAAAAAUGUAUGGAAAAGUUGGAAAAAACGAUAUUAUGCUUUAGUACAAGUAUCUCAAUAUUGUUUUGCCAUGUGUAGUUAUCGUGAAAAAAAAUCUGAACCAACAGAAAUGAUGCCAUUAGAAGGUUAUACUGUUGAUUAUGCCGCACCAGAUCAAGGUCUUGUUUUAGACGAUGCAAAAUAUUUUUUUAAAGCUGUUCGUGAAGGAGACAUUGUCACAUUUGCUACAAAUGAAGAAAAUGAAAGACAUGGAUGGGUGCAGGCUCUCUAUCGUGCUACUGGUCAAUCUCAUAAGCCCAUACCUCCACAAACAACAAAACAACAACAAACAGGGCAAACUGCUAACAAAGAUACAACAGAUUCUGAUCGUACUGAAAAACUUGGUUUUGAUGAAUAUAUACAAUCUGAUCCAUGUAAAUUUGAUCAUCAUGAUUUAUUUAAAUAUCUACAAACAUCUACAUUGGAUUUUCGACUUAACGAUCCAUAUUGUUCGUUGGGAUGGUUAAGUCCUGGUCAAUCUUAUGUACUAGAAGAAUAUUGUGCACGCUAUGGUGUACGUCAUUGUCUAAGACAUUUGUAUUAUCUGUCAGAUUUACUUGAUCGAGCUGAGCAAAAUUUUAUGAUUGAUCCACAGUUGUUACAUUACAGUUAUGUGUAUUGUGCAUCGCAUGUAUCGGGAAAUGGACAAGAUAGUAAUAUUGCCACAAUAAGUGUAGAAGAAAAAGAUCGAUUCAAUGAUAUUAAAGAACGUCUAAGACAAUUUCUUGAACAACAAGUUACAAAUUUUCGAUUUGCAUUUCCAUUUGGACGACCUGAUGGUGCUUUAAAAGCAACAUUAAGUUUAUUAGAACGUGUAUUAGCCAAAGAUAUUUCAACACCAAUAUCUCGUGAUGAAAUAAGACAUUUUAUUCGAAAAUGUUUAGAAAAUGCAGCUUAUAUUAAUUAUACAAGAGUAUCAGAACAUGCAAAAAUAGAAGAAACUGUGUACAACAGUGAUGAUUCACCUCGUAAGAAAAUCGACGAUUUAAUCCAUUUAGGUGAAUUAUGUAUUGAAUUAUUACAACAAGAUGAAGAACAUUAUAAUGAAGCAUUUAAACAAUAUCAAGAUUUAUUAAUUGAACACGAAGAAAUAUUUUGGUCUUUAUUUGCUGUUGAUAUGGAACAUGUUAUUGAUCAACAACCAGUCGAAAGCUGGGAUAGUACAUUAAAAAAUGGUCGUUUUCAUCAACAGCUGAGAGAUACAUUUGCACCAUUAGUCGUUCGUUAUGUUGAUUUAAUGGAAUCGUGUAUUGCUCAAUCGAUUCAUAAAGGAUUCGAAAAAGAAAAUUGGAAAUCAAGAACCCGGGGUUGUGCGACAAGUGAAGAUAUGCUAUGGAGAUUAGACGCAUUACAGUGUUUCAUACGAGACUUACACUGGCCUGACGAAAUAUUCGGAGAACAUUUAGAAAAACGUUUAAAACAAAUGGCAUCCGAUAUGAUUGAAGCGUGUGCUAAACGUGUGUGUCGUCAUUUUGAAGUAUGGAUUAAAAAAGGUGGUCUUAUGGGAGGAACAGGAACAGAUUAUUUACUACCAAGUGAAUGUUGUGUAAUGAUUAAUGUUAUUCUUGACUGCAAAUCACAAGCGUUAAAGUUGUGUGCAUUAAAUAGUGGAGAUUUACAUCAGUAUCAUACAAAAAUUGAUGAAUAUCUUGAAAAAAUUCUUAGCGAAAUGUCAAAAUCAUUAAUUCUCAAAUUAGUUGCUGUAAUGGAUACAGCACUAAAAAAGUUAUCACGCUACGAUGAAGGAUCAUUUUUUGCUCCAAUUUUAUCCUUAACUAAACCAGUGAAUGAAGUUGGUCAAGCAUAUGUUGCAUUUGUUAAUACAAAUCUUGAACAGAUAAGACAAAAAAUUAGCGAUGAAUUAUUUACAUUAAAUUUGUUUGAAGAAUGGUAUCGUCAACAAAUGCAUCUUGUUUGGACAUGGUUAGGCGAACGAACAGAAAUCAGUCUUCAUCCAUAUCAGUUGAAGAAACAAGUCAGUGCAUUAAGUAACAACUAUUUAUUUAUGGUUUUCUGUUUAAUUAUGGUAAUUGAAUAG